AAUUAAUACAUUCUUACCCUUCAAGCUUACACAUACCAAUCACUUUCAAAACCACCUUUUUCAUGGCUCCUUCUUCUUCAUCUUCUUCUUUAACAAUCUCUCCAAGGAAGCUACACUAUGAUUUAUAUUCCUACUCAUACAAACAAGAUUCAAACACACCAUUAGUGAUAAAUGUUCUAGCUUCAUUAAUUGAGAGAACCAUGGCAAGAACACAAAGAAUUGUGAAGAAUUGUUCUAAGGUUUUGUCCAAAGAAUUUACCACAAAGAUCUUUGAUUGUAGAGAGGUUCCUGAUUUGACUAUUGAAUCUUAUUUAGAGAGGAUUUUUAGGUACACACGUGCUGGACCUUCGGUUUAUGUUGUUGCUUAUGUGUAUAUUGAUAGGUUUUGUCAAAGUAAUGUUGGAUUUAGAAUCAAUUCAAGAAAUGUUCAUAGACUUCUCAUAACUACUAUUAUGGUGGCUUCUAAGUAUGUUGAAGAUAUGAAUUUCAGAAACUCAUACUUUGCAAAAGUUGGUGGAUUAACAACAAAUGAAUUGAAUGAGUUAGAGCUUGAAUUUCUAUUCAUGAUGAAUUUCAAAUUACAUGUAAAUGUGAGUGUAUUUGAGAGCUAUUGUUGCCAUUUAGAGAGAGAAGUAAGCAUUGGAGGAGGGUACCAUAUUGAGAGGACCUUAAGAUGUGCUGAAGAAAUCAAAGAAAAGGGACACACACAAAUUGCACGAGUAAUGUUGUAGAAUUUUUAGGGUAUUUUUUUUUGCUUGAAAAUAAAGAAAGGUUGUUAAUGUGUAUAGAUCAAUGUAAAUUUGAGUGUUUGUUUGGUGGAUUAUGAUUUUAGAACUAUAGGUAAAGGACAAGUGAGGGUGAUGUACAAAGUUGUCUUGUUCCAUCAAUGGAAAUAGUGAAUUUUAUGAGUUUUGAGAUUU